UUCAACUGUUGAAACUGACCCGCACCGUCUCCCUAUACACCGAGCACAGAAGCCGUAGUCCGAGAAGACAUUGUUCUGAGCAAAACGCCUGCCCCCACCAAACAGUAGCAAUGAAGGUGCGGUCAUCAGUUAAGAAGAUGUGUGAAUUUUGCAAGACAGUCAAACGCCGUGGCCGUGUUUAUGUACUAUGCACAGCUAACCCCAAGCAUAAGCAACGACAAGGCCUGUCAACAUUUGCAUAUGAAGGCUCAUCUGAUCCUACGUCUUCAGACACGAGUGCCAAACUGGAGAGUUUGCCUAGUCACAACCUCCGGGCUGGUCUGGCUUCUCUUAUACCCAGAAAGCAGGAGCCUUUAAUAAUGUAUGGAUGGAGGGCAAGCCUAGCAUCCAUCCUGUUCAAAAAGGUCAAUUAGCAUCCUCCUACUCGAAAGGCUCGAUCGCUGCUUGGAUCAGUCACUUUCUUGCUUGCAUGGGUGGUUGCUUUGGAUGUUGUACUGGACCCACACCAAUUAUUGCUGUUGAUGAGCCAUCAAAGGGGCUAAAAAUUCAGGGGCGCAUGGUGAGAAAACCUAGUAUAUCGGAUGAUUUUUGGAGUACCAGCACAUAUGAUCUGGAUAACUGCACUGUUCAGUCUCUAAAAAGCAUCUCAUCUAUCAGCACAUCAAACCAAAAUCUCAAUUGUGACAGUGGCAUUGGUAGCACAAGCAGCAAUUCUGACUUUGUAAAUCAUGGUCUUCUUCUCUGGAAUCAAACCAGGCUUCAAUGGAUUGGAAGUAGCAGGUUCAGAGAUCAGUCGCAUCAAAGUCGGGAACCCAGAUUAAGUUGGAAUGCAAGCUAUGAAAGUUUGCUUGGGACCAAACAGUCUUUACCCCAGCCCAUUCCUCUAUCUGAGAUGAUAGAGUUUCUUGUUGAUGUAUGGGAGCAGGAAGGGCUGUAUGAUUAAGUGUAUUCGUAUCAAGAUAAGAGUCUUUUGUAUAUAGUUGAGGGCUAAGGAGGAACAAAAGGAUCGAACACAUUUUUCUGUUUCACUUGUAAUACAACACACUAAUGACAGUACUCUCUCUCUCUCUCUCUCUCUCUCUCUCUCUCUCUCUCUCUCCCCCCCUCUGUAUAUGCUUUAUUGGACAUGCCCUUUUACCAUAUUCAAACUGAACAUAGAUGCAAGUGUGUACAUAAAAUACAUAAACUUGCUGUUCUCUUCU